AUGGAAAUAAAUUCAACUUAUGCUCCCGUCAUAAUUAACAUUGAAAAUGGUGAAUCAGUUCAUCAGCGUAUCUUAUUGGUUUAUGGACGAGCAGGUCCACAAGAUGUAGAGUUUGAAUCAAAUAUUACAGUUGAACAUCAUUCAGAUAAUUUUCCAUCCACAACUUGGCAAGUUUUUAAUUCACAUUUCAAAUGUUUAGUACACCUUGACCCAGGUUUAAAUGAUAUUAAAUUCAUCCUUGAUACUGAAUCAUUUUCUGCCGAUUUACAACCAUUAAUAACAAAUUUUCAAGUAAAUUAUAUUCCAUUAUUACAAAAUCCUCCUAUACAUCUUGCAAUUCUUGUAGCAAAAGAUUCUAAUGAAACCAUUGAUGCUCCUGAUGAAAAAAAACCUGAUGAUUGUAAAUUAGAAGCUGUUAAAGCAAAAUUCCGUUGUUCCGGUUAUUUAUGGCAAGCAUUUACAGCGGAACAAAUGAAUCGUCAUGGAUUUGGAAGAAGAGUCUUUAGGUUAGAUGAAGAAUGGACAAAAGAUACACUUUCUAAUCAAGAUGUUAAAUUGAGACAAACGGCAAAAAUAUAUAUAAUUCGUAGUUCUUAUACUUUAGAACAAAUUUUAGAUCCAGAGAUAGCUCAACAAAGUCCUACUAGGGUUGAUGAUAAAAAAGAUUUAUAUGCUAUUUUCUUGGAAAGUUUAAAAGAAUAUGGACCACCAUUUGAUAAACAGUGUUAUGUCGCAGGAUUAAUUUUAGAUUCUCAUUAUGAUAAUUCUCCUAAUAUGAAAUACAUUAGAGGUCAUGCAGCAUUAGGAGGUGGACACGAAAAUAUUCAAUUAGGAAUAUUUGGUAGUCAUUUAACUCAUGCUUGGCCAAAACAUCUUGAGGAUGUUUGUAGUUGCUUUCAAGAAGCUAUCUCUAUUGACGAAAAUAAACUGGCUAAUGAUGCUGGAGAAUGUGGAACUUGGUGGAAAUGUUGUAAUAUUGGAAUUGGAGCAUUUUUACAUGAAGUUGGACAUAGUUUAGGUUCACCUCAUACUCCAAGUGGAAUUAUGUUAAGAGGAUUUAAUAAUUUAAAUCGUACAUUUACAGUUAAAGAACCAAAUAAUCCUUCACCAAUAACACCAUCUGAUGAAGAAGGAGCACAUUGGCAUAGGUGUGAUGCCGUAAGAUAUAGAUAUCAUCCAUGUUUUCGUUUACCUUUAGAUCCACCAAUCUCGAAAUCACUUAAUAAUAUUAGUGCAACAUUUUGGAUUUUAGAUGAUCUUUUAUUAAUUAAAUGUCCCGCAGGUAUCUCAUUAAUUGAAUUUUACGUUGAGGAUAAUAUUCUUGGUUACAUAGAUUAUGUUGAAAAUUAUCAAACUGAGACUACAUUAGAAAUAUCAGAAAUCAAGGAAAAGUAUGGUGGUGAUAAUAAUAAUGUUAUUAAAUUGAAAGUCGUAGCUAGAAAUCAAACAGAAUGUAGCAUAGAAGAUUUACAACAAUAUCAAGAAGAAAGUAAAAUUAUUUUACCAGAAUUUGGAAUAGCAUAUAAAUCUCAUCGUUUAGGAAUGGUUGAUGAAAAUUUUAGUGAAAUUAAUAUUUUAUUUAACCAAUUCAUUGAAGAAAAAGGAUAUGUUUCAAUAGAAAGAAUGGUCGUUAAAUAUGAUUAUUAUAUUGAUUCAAUUAAAUUCUUUUUUUCUGAUAAUACUGAAUUAAAGAUUGGAUCGGAUGAUAGAGAGGGUACAGAAAAAGAAUUUGUAUUUGAGGAAGGAGAAAUUAUUACUGAAAUAAAAGGCAAUUCUGGUUGGUAUAUUGAUGGGUUUGAAAUCAAGACUAAUUUAGAUAAAAGUAGUGAAUGGUUUGGUGGACAUGGAGGUGAAGAUCAAUUAUUAAAAGUUCCUAAUGAUGAGAAUGAAAUGAUCGGUCUUUAUGGUAGUGGUGGUUAUUAUGUUAAUACUUUAGGAAUUAUUUAUAAAAAGAAUGGGUAA